AUGGUUGAAUCCUUCGCAUUUAACAUUGCUGAAAAUGUCCUCUCGAAACUAGCCAAUAUUGCAUAUCAAGAAAUUCGCCUUGCUUGGGGUGUCCAGAGUGACCUUGAAAAGCUUAAGACGACUUUAACUACCAUCAAAGCUGUGCUUUUAGAUGCUGAAGAAAAACAGGCUCAUGACAAUCAGCUGCGGGUUUGGCUUCAAGAGCUUAGGGAUGCCUGUUAUGAUGCAGAUGAUGUGUUGGAUGAAUUUGAAAUCGAAGCACUGCGGAAGCAAGUUGUGAAACAGAGGAGUGUAGGAAAGAAGGUAAGUCAUUUCUUUUCAAGCUCAAACCCACUUGCUUUUCGGUUUAAGAUGGGACAUAAGAUUAAAAAAGUUACUGAGAGUUUCGUUGAGAUUGCAGCUUUGAAAAAUAAUUUUCAUCUCAUUGAGAGACAUGAUGGCCCUGGGCAUGUGGUGCGCCUGGACAGGGAGACCCACUCCUUUGUGCAGGCAUCGGAGGUCAUUGGCAGAGAUGAAGAGAAAGAGAGAAUCAUAAAAAUGUUAAUGCAAGAUCCAGCUGAUGAGGAAGACAUUUCCGUCCUUCCCAUAGUUGGAAUCGGAGGUCUUGGGAAGACCGCCCUUGCGAAAUUGGUAUUCAAUGAUGGAAGGGUAGAUAUGCAUUUUGGGUUGAAAAUGUGGGUGUGUGUUUCAGAUGAUUUUGAUCUGAAACGAUUAGUUCUGAAAAUCAUUAAAGCUGGAAAGGAGGGUGAUGGAGACCUUGGUAACAUGAAUUUGGAGCAAUUACAGAAGGUGUUACGAGAUUGUUUGAAGGGUAAUAAAUAUUUACUCAUCUUAGAUGAUGUGUGGAGUGAGGAUAAUAGAAAAUGGCAAGAACUGAAACAAUUGUUAGUGGGAGGAGCUAACGGAAGCAAAAUUGUGGUCACCACUCGCAGUAACCAAGUUGGAAAGACGGUCGGUACAAUCCCUCCGCACAAGUUGGAAGGUCUUCCUUAUGACCAAUCUUUAUCUUUGUUUCUCAAAUUUGCAUUCAAGGGAGGAGAAGAGAAACAACAUCCGAACCUUGUAAAAAUUGGGGAAGAAAUUGUUAAAAAAUGCAAAGGGGUUCCUUUGGUUGUGAAGACAUUGGGGAGUUUACUUUUCUCCAAAAUUUCAGAACAUGAGUGGAAACUUGUGAAAGAUAGUGAGACGUGGGAAUUAAUGGAAAAAGAAAAUGAAAUAUUUUCUGUUCUAAAACUAAGUUAUGAUCAACUACCUCCUCAUCUGAAGCAAUGUUUUGCUUAUUGUUCACUCUUUCCAAAGGAUUAUGGAUUUAAUGAAUUUGACACAGUCCAAUUUUGGAUGGCUCAUGGUCUUAUUCAGACCUCCAAAAACAAUGAAGAUCUGGAGGAUAUUGGGAGGCAGUAUUUGAACGAUCUACUGUCAAGGUGUUUUUUCCAAGAUUAUGAGUAUGGUCUUGAUUUUAUUGAAUUUAAAAUGCAUGAUCUUUUACAUGAUCUUGCACUAUCAGUAGCAAAAAAUGAGUGUUGUACAAUAAAUGCUUCCAAGCAAAAUAUUGUCCAGGGAGUUCGACAUUUGUGCCUUACUAACUGUGAUUCUCCUGGAGAAAGUGACUUUAAAUUACUUAAUAAAGUAAGACAUUGGCGCUCAUUUAGGUGUGCAGAUACGAAUAUAGGUCCUACCAACAAAUCCUUUAUUGAAGCAUGCCUCAAGAGGUUCCAACAUUUGCGGGUGCUUGAUUUAGAAGGAUCUAAUCUCGAGGUAUUGCCCAAAAGGAUUGGGGAUUUGAAGCAUUUAAGGUAUCUCGACCUAUCCAACAAUCACAACAUCAAGAAACUUCCGAACUCCAUCUGUAAGUUGCAAAAUUUGCAAACCCUAUAUCUUGAUGGUUGUGACAAACUUGAAGAGUUGCCUAGAGAUAUGGGAUACUUAAUCAGUCUUAGAGCUUGGACAUUAACUACAAACCAAAAGCUUCUACGGGGAUUAGAAUGCUUGAAAUCUCUUCGAUAUUUGUGUAUCCGUGACUGUAAAAAUCUGGAAUAUUUGUUUGAAGGGAUUGAGAACCUCACAUCACUUCAAUUAUUAGGUAUUUAUGGUUGCAGAAACUUGAUAUCACUGCCAUAUGGUUUGAAAUAUCUAACUGCAUUACAUACUCUAAUAAUUGGGGAUUGUGAAAAGCUUGAUCUGAAUACGACAGUGGGACUCAAAGAGAAAGAAGAUGAUAAUCAAGACUACCUUGUUGGUAGUGGUUUGUGUCUUCAAACAUUAGGGAUCGUUGGACCGUUACCAAAGCUGGAGGCUCUACCCCAAUGGCUUCUACAAGGAUCUGCCAAUACUUUAAAGCACCUGACAAUUGGAGGAUCUUGA